UCCACUACCAGCAGUCUCAGCUCUCACCAAGGGGAAAAAAAUGGCAUCCGUCGCGACGGCGCCGCCGGCGGGGAAGCGGCCGGCGUCUGGCGGGCGGGAGGGCGACCAGAUGGUCAUCACUCCGCUGGGCGCCGGCAGCGAGGUCGGCCGCUCCUGCGUCCACAUGACCUUCAAGGGCCGCACCGUCCUCUUCGACUGCGGCAUCCACCCGGCCUACUCCGGCAUGGCGGCGCUGCCCUACUUCGACGAGAUCGACCCCUCCGCCAUCGACGUCCUCCUCGUCACCCACUUCCACUUGGACCACGCCGCCUCGCUGCCCUACUUCCUGGAGAAGACCACGUUCAAGGGCCGCGUGUUCAUGACCCACGCCACCAAGGCCAUCUACAGGCUGCUCCUCUCAGAUUACGUCAAAGUCAGCAAGGUCUCGGUGGAGGACAUGCUCUUCGAUGAGCAGGAUAUUAUCCGGUCCAUGGACAAGAUCGAGGUCAUAGACUUCCACCAGACACUGGAAGUAAAUGGUAUACGCUUCUGGUGCUAUACUGCUGGCCAUGUACUUGGUGCUGCUAUGUUCAUGGUGGACAUUGCUGGUGUUCGCAUUCUUUACACUGGUGACUACUCCCGUGAAGAAGACCGGCACCUGAAAGCUGCUGAGAUCCCCCAGUUCUCCCCUGAUAUUUGCAUUAUCGAGUCAACUUAUGGCGUUCAGCAACACCAACCCCGCCAUGUCAGAGAGAAGCGCUUCACUGAUGCCAUCCACAACACUGUUUCUCAGGGGGGUCGUGUUCUUAUCCCGGCAUUUGCUCUUGGUAGAGCACAGGAGCUGUUGCUUAUCUUGGAUGAGUAUUGGUCUAACCACCCGGAGCUCCAUAAGAUUCCAAUCUACUACGCCUCCCCUCUUGCGAAAAAGUGUAUGGCUGUCUACCAGACAUACAUAAACUCCAUGAAUGAAAGGAUCAGGAACCAGUUUGCACAGUCCAAUCCAUUUCAUUUCAAGCAUAUCGAGCCGCUGAACAGCAUAGACAACUUCCAUGAUGUGGGUCCGUCGGUGGUGAUGGCAAGUCCAGGUGGUCUCCAGAGUGGUCUCUCCAGGCAGCUCUUUGACAAGUGGUGCACUGAUAAGAAGAACACAUGUGUUAUUCCCGGUUAUGCUGUAGAAGGCUCCCUUGCGAAGACCAUUAUCAAUGAGCCGAGAGAAGUUACGCUAGCAAACGGGCUCACUGCUGCUCUUCAUAUGCAGAUCUUCUACAUCUCCUUUUCAGCCCACGCUGACUUCCCGCAGACGAGCGGCUUCCUGGACGAGCUUCGCCCACCCAAUAUUAUCCUUGUACACGGAGAAGCAAAUGAGAUGGGGAGGCUUAAACAGAAACUUAUCACCCAGUUUGACGGAACAAACACAAAGAUCGUGUCUCCCAAGAACUGCCAAUCCGUGGAGAUGUACUUCAGCUCUGAGAAGAUGGCCAAGACUAUCGGCAGGCUGGCAGAAAAGGUACCAGAGGUGGAAGAAAAAGUCAGCGGCUUACUCGUGAAGAAGGGCUUCACGUACCAGAUCAUGGCUCCCGAGGACCUACGCGUGUACACGCAGCUAUCCACCGCCAACAUCACCCAGCGGAUCGCCGUCCCUUACUCUGGUUCAUUCGAGGUCAUCAAGUACAGGCUGAAGCAGAUCUACGAGAGCGUGGAACCGUCGACCGAAGAACCAGAUGUUCCAGUACUGAUCGUCCACGAGCGAGUGACCAUCCGCCUGGACUCAGAUAGCUACGUCACGCUGCAGUGGUCCUCCGAUCCCAUCAGCGACAUGGUCUCUGACUCCGUGGUGGCCAUGGUCCUGAACAUUGGCCGUGAGGGCCCCAAGGUCGUUCCUGUCGAGGAGGCGGUCAAGACGGAGGAAGAGACGGAGAAGGUGGCGCGGAAGGUCGUGCACGCUCUUAUGGUGUCGCUCUUCGGUGAAGUCAAGGUCGCGGAGGAAGGGAUGCUCAUCAUAUCCGUGGAUGGAGCCGUCGCACGCCUGGACGGGAGGAGCGGUGAUGUUGAGUGCGAAAAUGCUGCCUUGAAAGAGAGGAUCAAGACCGCGUUUCGUCGCAUACAGGGCGCGGUGAGGCCCAUCCCUCUCUCGGCCUCCUGAGCUGGGCAUGUUCGCUAUUUCUUAGGCAGAACACUUAGCAGGGCGUGCCAGUUGGCUGAAACUGUUAAGCAGCUGAAACUUGGCUGAAAUUGUUUUAAUUUUUGUAUGAAAUGUGUAACACUGCUGCUGACCUGCUGUUCUAGAUGAUCUCUGGUGGCCUGUUCACUGCCUCUGAAACUUGGGUUGUAAAAUUGUAGUCAUUUCUAGCAGUUCUCUGAACAAUCAUCUCACUUCCAGUAAAACAUAUCUGAGCUGAACUUGCAGUAAAGUUGAGCCUAGUAUAUUUUUCCCUUU